AUGGAGGUACUUAUGGCAGAACGGGCCGAUCUAGUCUUUCACAAUAACGUGAUAGGUGGAACUGCCAUUAAACGACUUAUUAGCAGAUUAAUAGAUCAUUUCGGAAUGGCAUAUACAUCACACAUCCUAGAUCAAGUAAAGACUCUAGGAUUCCAUCAAGCUACUGCUACAUCUAUUUCAUUAGGAAUUGAUGAUCUUUUAACAAUACCUUCAAAAGGAUGGCUAGUCCAAGAUGCUGAACAACAAAGUUCCAUUUUGGAAAAACAUAAUCAUUAUGGAAAUGUCCAUGCGGUAGAAAAAUUACGCCAAUCCAUUGAAAUAUGGUAUGCUACAAGCGAAUAUUUGCGACAACAAAUGAAUUCCAAUUUUAGGAUGACUGACCCCUUUAAUCCAGUCCAUAUCAUGUCUUUUUCAGGAGCUAGAGGAAAUGCAUCUCAAGUGCACCAAUUAGUCGGAAUGAGAGGAUUAAUGUCAGAUCCACAAGGACAAAUGAUUGAUUUACCCAUUCAAAGCAAUUUACGUGAAGGACUGUCUUUAACAGAAUAUAUAAUUUCUUGCUACGGAGCCCGUAAAGGGGUUGUAGAUACUGCUGUACGAACAUCAGAUGCUGGAUAUCUUACACGUCGACUUGUUGAAGUGGUUCAACACAUUGUUGUACGGCGAACAGAUUACGGUACCAUCCGUGGGAUUUAUGUAAACACCCGAAAUGGAAUGAUGCCAGAAAGAAUUUUGAUACAAACAUUAAUUGGUCGUGUAGUAGCAGACGAUAUAUAUAUAGGUUCACGGUGCAUUGUCGUUAGAAAUCAAGAUAUUGGAAUUGGACUUAUCAAUCGAUUCAUAACUUUUCAAACACAACCAAUAUUUAUUCGAACCCCCUUUACCUGUAGGAAUACGUCUUGGAUCUGCCGAUUGUGUUAUGGGCGGAGUCCUAUUCAUGGGGACCUGGUAGAAUUGGGAGAAGCUGUAGGGAUUAUUGCUGGUCAAUCUAUUGGAGAACCGGGAACUCAACUAACAUUAAGAACUUUUCAUACUGGUGGAGUAUUCACAGGGGGUACUGCUGAAUAUGUGCGAGCCCCCUCGAAUGGAAAAAUAAAAUUUAAUGAGGAUUUAGUUCACCCUACACGGACACGUCAUGGAUAUCCUGCUUUUAUAUGUAAUAUAGACUUCUAUGUAACUAUUGAAAGUGACGAUAUUAUACAUAACGUCAUUAUUCCACCAAAAAGUUUUCUAUUAGUUCAAAAUAAUCAAUAUGUAAAAUCAGAACAAGUGAUUGCGGAGAUCCGCGCGGGAACAUCUACUUUAAAUUUGAAAGAGAGGGUUCAAAAACAUAUUUAUUCUGACUCAGAAGGGGAAAUGCAUUGGAGUACCGAUGUGUACCAUACAUCACAAUUUAUAUAUAGUAAUGUACAUAUCUUACCAAAAACAAGUCAUUUAUGGAUAUUGUCAGGAAAGUCGUGCAGGUCUAAUACAAUCCAUUUUUUACUUCGCAAGGAUCAAGAUCAAGUUACCAUGGAUUCACUUUCUAAUGGAAAAACAAAUAUUUCGAAUCUUUUAGAAAGGAAUGAUCAAGUAAAACAUAAAUUCAAUACUUUUGGUACAAAAGAAAAGUGGAUUAGCGAUUCUUCAAUAUUGAAUCAAAUCAUAUGUACAGAUCAUUCUGAUUUAAUGUAUCCUUCUAUUUUGAACGAUACUUUUUAUUUCUUGGCGAAAAGGCGAAGAAAUAGAUUUCUUAUUCCAUUUCCAUUCCAAUCGAUUCAAGAACGAAAGAACGAACUAAUGUCCCCUUCCGGUGUCUCCAUUGAAAUACCUAUCAAUGGUAUUUUUCAUGAGCAAUAG